CUUCAGCGGCGCUCAGAUAUUUCAAUUAAUUUUCACGUUUUAUUCGUGAUUUUAUUUAAAAUUAUAUUUCAUUUUAACCAUGGGUGAAGAGGGAAUUUCUCCACAAGAAGUCCAGGCUUUGUGCCAGACCCCUGACCCUUCAACUAGUGAUUUCAUGUUCCAACAAACGAUGUACCGCAUCAAGGACCCGAAGAAAUCCCUUCCAUUCUACACUGGAGUGCUCGGGAUGACGCUGCUGAAGCAACUUCACUUCCCAGCGAUGAAGUUUUCGUUAUUCUUCAUGGGCUAUGAGAACCCGAAUGAGAUUCCCCAGGAUGAGAGCCAGCGGGCUGUCUGGGCAAUGACAAGGAAAGCUACCUUGGAGCUAACAUAUAACUGGGGGACAGAGAAGGAUGAUUCAAGUUACCACAACGGCAACUCAGACCCGAGGGGCUUCGGCCAUAUUGGAAUUUUGGUUUCUGAUGUAGAAGCUGCUUGUGCUAGGUUUGAACAACAAGGCGUGAAGUUUAUAAAGAAACCUCAGGACGGCAAGAUGAAGGGGCUGGCCUUCAUCCAAGACCCUGACGGAUACUGGAUCGAGAUAUUCUCUAAGGAUGUCGUAACUCGCGCCAACUCUUCGUUUUAGAGGGUACUUUCAACACAAUCAUUGAAUAAGGAAUAAUACUACGUAUAGAAUAGUGUAGUUUCCAACUAGCCAAAUCAGUUACUUUUUACUUAACGUUAAAAUUCGAUAUUACUAUGGAAUUUGUGUGAAAAAGCACACUGUGAUAUCAUGGAAAAACGUGACAAAAUGUCACACUUAUAAACUUUUCUUUAUUAAAAUCCAUAAAUAAGUUAAACGGAAAUAAGAAAACGUUUUUUGUCACCUUUAGAUCUGUCUUUAUUAGGAAUCAGGAAGUCAUAAUUUAUCUUUGACCUAGGAAACUACCCAAGGGCAACUCUCCGCUCCCCACCAGCGGCUGAGCUAGGUUUACCUCAACCCUCGGUUACUUUAGUCUUCGCGUCUGGGCGUCACACACACAGAUACGCGUGCACGAUAACGUCAGUGUGUAGUGUCUGUGUAAAAUGAGGUGUUUUAUAUGAAGUGUCUGGGGUAUGACACAACAUAACUUAGGUAGAGGUGUAUAUUAUACAGGAUGAUUUGGCUCAAGAUUCUGUGUUAAUAUCAAGAAUUUUCCCCUGUCAUAACGAAUCAACUUAUCACCUAUUAAAGUUUAUCAUAUCCUUAUUAGGACUUAGUAUCAAUAGGCUGCAAGUUGUCUUUGAUUACUUGUCGCUCUGCCCACCCCAUUAGGGAUUACGGGCGUGAGUUUAUAUAUGUAUGUUGUGCUGUAUACUUGAGAGAUCCUACUGUGGAACAUAUUUGAAAUUGAGUGGACAUGAGUAAAUGUGACAUGGAAAAAAAACAUGAUUCAAUUUUCAGCGCCAGAAUCAUGAUCGUAGUUUUGACAAAACUCAAUUCACUUGUAGCCAGAGCCAAAAAAUAUAAAAAAAAUGACCGAUUUUAUUAUAAUAAUCCAAGUUCACGCCUAUGUUCCCAAUUAGAGUAGUCAGAGAUCGUUUUUGAUAACUAAGUAUCCGCGUUUCACCGAGCUUUAUUACACCAACGUCACACACGUUAUCGUAUGCCCGCAUAAGUGCGAGCGAGACGGCGCGCGCUCUCUCCCUUACUCCUUAGCUGCUUACGGCCAUUUAAGACUAAAGUAAGACCCAGAGGGGGUGAAGUCGGCGCCCGAUGCGAAUUGGUGGGGGGGGAGUUACCGUUCUGCGAUUCUUUAUUCUGUGCCAACGUGAUAGGUAAUGAAUCUUAUCGCCGUCUAUAAUGGUCUGUAACAAACUGUGUAUUUAUAUUAUGAGCGUAAAAUUGUUCUAUUUCACGCACUGUAGGUUUAUGUCAGUGAUAUUCUAUUCAUUGUAAUAUUUUUUUAAAAUUUCAAGCACUGAUUCUUAGAAUCGUCGGCCUUAAAUAGUAAAGAGUUUAUAUCUUAAGUAAUCUUCAUUUAAGGGUAAUAUUGAUUGCCCUUAUUAAUUGUAGCCAUAUCUCGCCGAACUUUAUAUUAGACCAACGUUAUAGGUGGGCCGUAUCGCCGUCUAUAACGGUCGAGCCAACUGUGUUAGUGAACGCUGCACUUAAAAUAAAUAGUGAGGUGUGGGUACUUAGUUCAUCUUACGAGGUACCUCUGACUACCCCAUUGGGAUAUAGUCAUGAGGUUAUUAUGACUAUUUUGAUAUUGACGAAAAUACCAACUCUAAGUUAUACCUGUCAUUUUCUUAUCCGCCGAAAAGGAAAAGUAAUCGACAGGGUAAAAAAUUUUGGAACACACAAUUUCAUUUUGGCCAGAAAUUCACAAAAUGAAGAAUGUAGCCUAUUAACCCGACAGAAUUAAGUUAACAGCACACGUCAAAAAGGUUGCAUACCAUCGUGAUGCCUAUUUGAUUCGGCCGGGUUAUUGUUCCAUUCGCUCAUUCAUUUUGAAAUUAACAACUGUCAAAUUAUCAACCAUCAGUUCCUUUCCUUUUCGAGGGGUAUGAAAAUGACAGGUAUAACUUAAAAUAAAAUUAGGAUAUGCCUGCGGGAAUCAGUACCAAUAUAUUUUUAAUAUAAUUUUCAAAGGUGUUAAUAUUAUUAUUAUAAGCAAAUAUUUUGUAUCCUCUGUUAGUAUAAACAUUGCGUUUGGACUUUUUAUAUUAUAGAUAUAGGUAAUCGAGUGCAAUUAUUAUUAUAUAAACUUGUGUAAAAUAUCAUAUUAAUUUGUUGAAAUAAUAUAAUAAAUAAAUAUUU